AUGCGAGGCCUCCAGCCUCAACGACAAUACUACUCUGCUGCUUCUAUGGCAAGCUCAUCGGAUUAUCUGGACCACAUAUAUACUGCUUGGCGUCAAGAUCCAGCUUCUGUCCAUUCUUCCUGGCGAGAAUAUUUCAAUGCCGUCGAAAAUGGCCUCCCAACCUCGGAGCCUACGUUUGAGCCGCUUGAAAAGUCUCAAUUGUUCUUGAAUACAAACAACAAGGGUGUCGGCAAGGAGUUUCCAGCUUCAUCUACUACGCUCGAUCAUUAUUCCAAGACCGUGCGCUUAGUCCGCGCCUAUCAAGAUUUUGGUCACAAGAAGGCCAAAACAAAUCCACUUAAUCUCCCCGAGAAGAGAUUCGUGUAUCCAGAGGAACUCAAACUAGAAUUUUAUGGAUUCACCGAGUCUGAUAUGGAUCAUGAAGUUGUUCUCGGUCCUGAAGUGCUACCAUACUUCGUCUCAGCUGGCACUCGAACAAUGACCCUCCGAGAGAUUAUCAAAACUUGCGAGAGUUUAUACUGCGGAUCGAUUGGUGCUGAGUGUAGUCACGUUGAAACUAUCGAGGAACGUCAAUGGAUUCGUGAGCGACUAGAAGUCCCCGAGCCUUACCGGUUCACCCCAGAAGAGAAAAAGCGAAUCCUUGAUCGUCUUGUUUGGACAACCAAUUUCGAGAAAUUCAUGUCCGCCAAGUUCCCCAAUGCUAAGCGAUUCAGUAUUGAAGGUGUCGAGACUCAGAUCCCGGCUUUAAAAGCGAUUAUCGAUGCAAGCGCAGAAAAUGGUGUCAAGAAUAUUAUCUUCCCUUGCUGUCACCGUGGCAAGUUGAAUGUGCUCAGCAAUGUAGGUCGAAAGCCAAACGAGCUGAUCUUCAGUGAAUUUUCUUCCGAUUCAGAAUCUCGUCAGAAUAUCUCAGGUGACGUCAAAUACCACCUUGGAAUUAGCCAUGAUCGAAAAACUCCCAGUGGAAAAGAUGUGAAUGUUUUGAUAUUGCCAAACCCAUCUCACCUGGAAGCCCAGAAUACACUUGGCCAAGGCAUGGCGCGAGCUGUCCAGCACCAGAAUCACGGGGAUCGAGCGUCUACAAUGGUUUUGAACAGUCACACGGAUGCCUCUUUCUCUGGUCAGGGAGUCAUCUACGAAACCUUGGGGCUCUCUGGGUUGAAAUUCUACGAAACGGGUGGUACUGUGCACUUGAUUAUCAACAACCAAAUCGGAUUCACCACGGACGCCGACUCUUCGCGAACCUCGCCCUAUGCGUCAGAUAUAGCAAAGAGCAUUGCCGCCCCCAUAUUUCACGUUAAUGCGGAUGAUGCCGAGGCCGUGGUUUUUGUUUGCAAGAUGGCUGCGGAUUAUCGCGCAAGAUUUGGCAAAGAUUGCUGGGUUGACAUGAUCUGCUACAGAAAGCAUGGUCACAAUGAAAUGGAUCAGCCGUUCUUUACUCAACCGAUGAUGUACGAGCAGAUCGAGAAGAAGACUCCUCACCUUGAAUCAUACACAAAGAAACUGGCACAGGAAGGAGUGGUCACAGUGGAUGAAGUCAAACAGAUGGAGGUCAGGGUUUGGGAGGAGAUGGCUAGGAGUCUUGAAAAUAGCACAAGUCCCGAGGCACUUGAGCGUGAGUAUCUCACUGCCCCAUGGCGGGAUAUGAAGACACCAGAAGAGGUCACGCGGGAGAGCUUUGCAGCAAAGGCAACUUCUAUUGACCACGAUAUGGUUGGAACGAUCGCAAGCAAGCUCGGCGUUCCUGCAGAGCCAUUCCAACUACACAAAAGCUUGAGACGAAUUCUUCAAAAGCGCCAGCAGAGCCUAGCAGAUGGUCGGGAUAUUGAUUGGGCCACGGCUGAGGCUCUGGCAAUGGGGAGUUUAUGCCUCGAAGGGCAUCAUGUUCGUGUCUCCGGCCAAGACGUUGAGCGCGGUACUUUCUCACAACGCCAUGCCGUGCUUCAUGAUCAAAAAGACGGAGGAGCCUAUUUACCACUGAACAAUCUCAGCCCGGGUCAAGGCGAAUUCACUAUUGGGAACUCUUCACUGAGCGAAUAUGGCGUAAUGGGGUUCGAUUACGGUUAUUCUUGCAUGUACCCGAAUAGCUUGGUGAUGUGGGAGGCACAAUUUGGCGACUUUGCAAACAACGCACAAUGUAUCAUCGACCAAUUCAUCUCAUCCGCAGAGAAUAAAUGGCUCCUGCGCUCUGGGCUUGUUUUAUCUCUGCCUCAUGGGUUUGAUGGACAGGGACCAGAGCAUUCUUCGGCCCGAAUGGAGCGUUUUCUGCAGUUAUGCAGCGAGGAUGGCCGCUUCUUUCCGACAGAGAAACAGAUUGAGAGACAGCAUCAAGACGCCAACAUGCAAGUGGUUCAAAUGACUACCCCGGCCAACAUUUUCCAUGUGUUGAGACGACAGUUGCACAGAGAUUUCAGGAAGCCCCUUAUUCUAUUUUUCUCGAAGUCUCUGCUACGCCAUCCCUCAGCGAAGUCUCACAUCGAGGAAUUCACAGGAGACUCUCAGUUCCAACCUCUGAUUGCUGACCCGGCACAUGGCACUGCAAUCGCCAUACCCUCGGAAAUCAAAAGAGUCAUCUACUGUUCUGGGCAAGUUUAUUUCGCGCUGGCAAGCUACCGCGAUGCGCAUGGGAUAACAGACACGGCGAUUACCCGCAUUGAGCAGCUACAUCCUUUCCCUUGGGAGCAAGCGAGGGAUAAUCUCAUUCAGUAUUCAAACGCCUCUGAUAUUGUCUGGUGCCAAGAGGAGUCUUUGAACGACGGACCGUGGUCUUUUGCAAAGACUCGUCUAGAAACGAUUUUUGAUACCACGGGCCAGCACAAGGGUCGUCGCCUGCGUUUUGCAGGUCGUGGGGCAACGCCCAGUGUCGCCACGGGGUUUGGUAAAGAGCACCGGGCACAGGAAGCAGCCUUACUGGAAGAAGCAUUUCAAAGAUCAGGGUGA